AUGAAUAUUCAAAAUCCACAAAAAAUUAAAGAAGCACUCGAGCACUACAAGAGAGCUGACAAUGUCUCUGAUUGGAUCGUUCUUGGAUAUACAUCACCAACCACCGUAGAGUUGGUUGCCACUGGAUCGGGUGGUGCUGCCACUCUCUCCAAACAAUUGGAUGACUCAAAGGUACUCUACAUUUUGGUAAAGGAGGAAUACGACGAAUCAGAUCCAGGUUUCAAGGAGGGUGUCAUUGGAAACAAGGCAAAUUCAAAGGAUAUUUUCAUCGCUUGGACAGGUCCAAAGGUUGGAAUCAUCGAAAAGGGUAAAAAGAAAUCACACGUUGGAGAUGCCAAAGCUUGUUUCCAACCAUUCCAUGCUGAACUCACUGCUGUCAACUCUGCUCACUUUAACGAUAGAGUUAUUAAAGAUAAGGCCAACCCACUCUCUGGUAGCCACAUCAUCGAUUAA